AUGUGUGGUGGCAUACUUUGCAAGAUUCUUGCUUUUAUUGUAGCUGGACUUGGUGUAGCUGCAAUUAUUAUCGGAGCAGUUGUAGGUUUUGCUGUUUUACCUAACAAUAUUAGAGACGAAGUAGAACGAAGAGUUAGAUUAGAAUAUGGUAGUGAACAAUUUCAAAGAUGGCAAAUUUUGCCUUUUAAUCAAACAGCGAAAAUAUAUUUUUUUGAACAUAAUUUGCAGCCAGACAAUAGGAUAUUAGUGGCUGAACGAGGACCUUUCGUAUAUAAAUUGACCAGACAAAAAACAGUAGAUGCGAAAAAUCGCGAUGAUGACACAAUAACAUACAGAGAAUAUCUUAAAUUUGAUUUUGAUGAAGAAGAGUCAGAGUUUCCUGAAACACAUCAGUUAAAAUUACUUAACGUUCCAUUAGUGAGUUUAGUGCAAUCAAUAGAAGAUAGGUUACCGACAGGUAUUAAUAGUGAAAUAAACUCAGCGUUUGGAAACCCAGAAGAUGUAUUUCGAAUAUUCAGUGCUAGAGAGUUUCUAUUUGAUGGGUAUACAUUUUGCACAAACCCAACAGCAGCUCCUAAUUUGUGCCCGACCAGAAAUGAGAUAGAAAAUAUGCAUUAUAUUCAACCGGAAGGAGCAACAGCUUUAUCAUUUGCAUUUUUAAGACAUAGGGAUAAUACUUUUGAUGGUACUUAUGUAAUAACCGCUGGAAUGGAUAGCAUUGGAGAUCUUGGUUUGAUUAGGACAUGGAAUGGACAACCUAAUUUGCCAAAUAACGUUUGGGGAAAUACCGGACAAUGCAGAGAAAUUAAUGGCCGCGAUUCAACAAUUUUCCCACCGAAUGUGAAUAGAAAUGAUGAUUUUAGAAUAUUUUAUAGCGAUAUUUGUAGGACAGUUACAUUAGAACAUGUCGAAAAUGUAGGCUUUGAAGGUAUUUCAAGUCAUAGGCGGGAAUUUGAAGAAACUACCCUUAAUAACGACAACGAUAACGAUUGUUAUUGUACUGGUCAAACAAGGUUGCCUGAUGGUUCAAAUCGAUGUUGGCACAACGGUUUUACAGAUCUUUAUACUUGUACACGAUCACAUGUAGUACUUUCGUAUCCUCACUUUUUGGGUGCUUCAAUUGUUCAAAAUCCAGUAUUGGGAUUAGAAGGACAUCAGGAUUAUCAUGGUUCCUAUACAAUCAUAGAACCAGGUACUGGAACACCAUUAAAAAUAGUGAAAAGAUUCCAAUACAACAUGGUUUUAAGAAACAUUGGAGGUGUUACUGUAACGAGUCGACUACCAUCUACGAUCUAUCCUGUAUUGUGGAUUGAAGAAACCAUGGAAUUACCAUCGAAUUUAAUUGACAAGAUUCAUGAUAAAUAUUUAUCAGAAUUGAAUACCAUUACUAUAAUUACUUGGGCAUUGAUUGGAUGUGGUAUUGCUCUAUUUAUACUUGGUAUAGCUUUAAAAAUAUUAUGUUGUUGA